AUGGCCCACUCACCGCCGCCUCUCCACGGCCCAGAGUCGAAGCGUCCCAAGGGCAUCCUCAAGAACUCCUACCACCGCUCGCCUACGCAUAAACCUGUAACGAUCGAGGAGCCCAUCGCAGUUGUCGAGGAAGCCCCCUCGGCCGUGAUCUCUCGGGAAGCGACCCCCGACGGCGACAGUCUUACUGAGCGCGACAUCGUGUUGCAAAACACACUCAAGAACGCGGGCCGCCGUCGCUCAUCGUCGAACCAGUCUCGCGCUGGCCCCUCCCGGCGACAGUCUCACCAUGAGUCCAGCGACAACCCCGAUGGUUCCCCUCGCCUCAAGUGGGACGAAGCAAAUCUGUAUCUCACCGAGCAGGAGCGCACGCCGAAGAUGAAGAUUGAUGAGCCGAAGACUCCGUUUGCGAAGGGGUAUGAUCCGACCGAGGAUGAGGCUGAGCUGAGGAUGCUGGAUGUCGAUGAUAUUGUUGUCGAUGAGCUUGAGGCGAGACCGAAACGGAAGGUUACGCCUGAUGUCAAUAUUCCUGACUUGGAUCUGGGUGAGCCUUCAGCUGCACCUAAGCUCACCAGGAAGGAGAGCCAGUCGCCCAAGCAGGUGGUUGUCAAGGAGGAUGACGACGAGAGUCAUCGUGCACCUGGCGCUGAACCCGAGACACCCGAAGAGGAGGAGGAGAAGCACAAGAAAUUCGAGGAACUGAGGAAGAAGCACUACGAGAUGAAGAAUGUCGCGAAUCUCUUGGGUCACCCUGAGUACUUGGAAGAGGAAGAUGACGAUGGUGAUGUCGAGCUCAAGGAUCCUGUGGAUGAUGCGAUAACCCAGACCAACGGAGCGCCCGAGGUUCCCCAGGUUCCCGGGGCCUUCGUCAACGGCGAGCAGACUAAAUAG